CAUCUAUUAGUAAUGAAGACUUAACUAGUAGGUCUAAUACAGCCGCGGUAAAACAUGAUUACACGUUUUAUUGCUCACUCUUGCACAUCUUUCCUCCCACGAAGCUGCUUCUGUAUGCUUCCUUUUUUGUGUGCUCGUUUCAAAUUUGGAAUCCUUUUCUGCAUUUAUGAAGGGGCUGUAGCGUUUUCUAUUUGACAUCGUGGCAGACACGUAUUUUGUUAUUUUCUGUAAAUAAUCUGUUUAGAAAAUAAUUAUGUUUGGAACAUAAGACUGUCUGACUGGCUGGUAUUAUUUGCAGCCUGGACAAAUCACAUACAUUAUUAGCAUCGCUUAACCUUCACGCGGGCUACAUUGAGCAGAGCUAGCUGCCUGCCUGUUGUCCGACUGGGUACUGUCCGCGGUGCUGAACGGUGUUGAAGGUCGGCGCCUGUCUUGUUCCCUCGGUUCUUCCUGAUUUUACUGCACGCUGCCCCGUAACAUUUCCACCAAAUUAGGAUUACAUACACUGUUUUUCUGCACGGACACGGCUCUUCCCGUUGUUACCAUGGGUUAUGUGGGUAUGCAACUUGUGCCGAAAACAACAAGAAAUCCUAACCAAGUCGGGGGCGUGGUUCUACAGCGGCGCCGCAGGGCCACGGGGCGGGUCUGAGGGCCCCAGGGGUCGACGUCACGAGGAGGCUCCCCAGGAGAAGAAGGCCAAACUGCAGCAGGAUCUCCUCUACCAGGGGCCCCCAGGGGACGUAUCAGCAGACAGAAGCAGACCUCCCGGACUCCCCAGACAAGGCUCCCUCAACAACGGCUCAGGGCUGAGGCUCUCAGGUCCAGGACAGGACAUAGACAGGAAACGAAGCCCAUCAGCAUCCAGGGAUCCAAACCAAAGAUACGACCAAAGGGAGGAGCGGGGUCAGUAUGCCCCGGGGGACGGCACCAUGCCCAGAUCACCGUCCGACUAUGGGGAUGGGGACCCUCGGCGUGGGGCCCCACGGAGGUACCAAGAUGCUGAGGCGGCGCGGGGGGAGUACCGUGGUGGGCGUGGCCGCUGGCGCUCCCAUGAGGACUACCCUCUGGACCAGGACGGGCCCUAUCCUCUAGACGGGCCCUACCCUCUAGACGGGCAGCCCAAUGAGUACGAGCUGCAGCGCCAGCGCCAGGAGGAGUACCAGACACGCUACCGCUCCGACCCCAACCUGGCCCGUUACCCCGUCAAGCCCCAGCCCUACGAGGAGCAGAUGAGGAUGCAUGCUGAGGUGGGCCGGGCCAGGCACGAGAGGCGCCACAGUGAUGUGUCUCUGGCCUACACAGAGCAGGACGAGCCCCAGGGACCAAUCCGCCUGUCCAGACAGCACCUGACCGAGCGCCGGCCGCCCAUGGUGGGCCAACGCUCCUACUCCAUGGACAGAAACUCCCCCACCCCUGGAGGCCACCCCCGGACCUCCAACCACAGCCCCCCCACCCCACACCGCAGCCCCGUGCUGGGGGACAGGUCAGGGGACAUGAGGCGGGGGCCAGGGGAGCCAAUAGGGUUCAGGGGUCAUGAUUAUCUGGACCCCAGCUCUGCAGUCAGGAAGACCAAGAGGGAGAAGAUGGACACCAUGUUGAGGAACGACUCUCUGAGCUCUGACCAGUCCGAGUCCAUCAGGCCGCCGCCACCAAAGCCCCACAAAACCAAAAAGGGGGGUAAGAUGCGGCAAGUGUCCCUGAGCAGUUCGGAGGAGGAACUGGCCACCACGCCGGAGUACACCAGCUGUGAGGACGUGGAGAUAGAGAGUGAGUCUGUCAGUGAGAAAGGAGAUUUGGAUGGCCACUGGUUGGACCAUGCGUCAUGGCAUAGCAGCGAGGCCUCCCCAAUGUCUUUGCAUCCAGUGACAUGGCAGCCCUCCAAAGAUGGGGAGCGCCUAAUAGGGCGGAUUCUGCUCAACAAGCGGAUGAAGGAUGGAAGUGUACCUCGAGACUCAGGAGCACUGCUGGGACUGAAGGUGGUGGGUGGAAAGAUGACAGAAUCUGGUAGACUUUGUGCUUUCAUCACUAAAGUGAGGAAAGGAAGUCUAGCGGAUACUGUUGGACACCUCAGACCAGGCGACCAGGUGCUGGAGUGGAACGGGAGGUUUUUACAAGGAGCCACAUUUAAAGAAGUUUACAAUAUCAUUCUAGAAUCAAAGCCAGAACCCCAGGUGGAACUGGUGGUCUCAAGGCCCAUAGGAGAUAUUCCUCGGAUACCAGACAGCACACAUGCACAACUGGAAUCAAGUUCGAGUUCCUUUGAGUCUCAGAAGAUGGAUCGCCCCUCUAUCUCUGUCACGUCUCCCAUGAGCCCCGGGAUGCUGCGGGACGCCCCCCAGUACCUGUCAGGACAGCUCUCAAGCCAAAGCCUUAGUAGAAGAACAGCGCCUUUUGUCCCUAGGGUCCAGGUCAAACUGUGGUAUGACAAAGUGGGCCAUCAGCUAAUAGUCACCAUCCUGGGAGCCAAGGACCUGCCUUCUAGGGAAGAUGGCCGCCCCAGGAACCCUUACGUCAAAAUCUACUUCCUCCCUGACAGAAGUUUGAAUUAUUGUUCCUCCAGCGACAAAAGCAAGAGGAGAACAAAAACGGUAAAGAAAUCCUUAGAGCCCAAAUGGAACCAGACCUUUAUGUAUUCUCCUGUGCACCGGCGGGAGUUCCGUGAGCGCAUGUUGGAGAUCACCCUGUGGGACCAGGCCAGGGUCAGGGAGGAGGAAAGCCAGUUCCUGGGAGAGAUACUGAUAGAGCUGGAGACAGCCCUGCUGGAUGAUGAGCCUCACUGGUACAAGCUGCAGACCCACGACGUGUCCUCCAUGCCCCUCCCCCGCGCCUCGCCCAACCCCCAGCGCAGACAGCUCCACGGAGAAAGCCCCACGAGGAGGCUACCCAUACAGAGAUCUCAGAGAAUCAGUGACAGUGAGAUCUCUGACUAUGACUGUGAAGACGGUGUUGGUGUAGUGUCAGACUACCGGCAGAACGGCAGGGACCUACAUAGUUCCACGUUGUCUGUCCCCGAGCAGGCGAUGUCAUCCAACCACUGCUCGCGGUCGGCAGACAUGAACCGGGCGCGGUCGCGGUCCCCCAGUGUCCCCCCUCCACAGAGCAGAAGCCUGGACCCCGGCUAUGACAUUGACCCCGCCUCGUCUCAGUACAGCUCCUCCAGUAGAGUGGACCGGCGCAGUGUGUCCGAUGACCACCACUCACCUGACAGCCGCAACCACCGCAUAUCCAACAUCAGUCGAGAAGAGGCUGUCAGGUUACUGCGCUCCACUAGGAUGUCCCGAGCCCACUCAGAGGGCGCGUACUCCUCCUCUGCUUCCGUCGACUAUGACUACAAGAGGAACCACGGAGCCGUUGACAGGCAUGUGUAUCACAGCAGGUCCAGGUCAGCUGACCAGCGUCCCGCGCUAGAGCGCACCACCACGGAGCGGCCCGACUCCGCCCUCAUGAGGUCCAUGCCGUCUUUACCCUCCGGACGCUCCGCCCCUCCCUCACCUGCCUUAACGAGGGCGAACCCCCGCAGCGGAUCGGCCCAAACCAGCCCUACCAGUACCCCCAUGUCUGACAGGAGAGGAGGUCGGCAACUACCACAGCUUCCACCCACAGGGACCAAGGGCAGAAGUGCUAUGGAUGUGGAGGAGAGGACCAGACAGAUGAAGCUGAAGGUGAACAAGUUCAAGCAGGGGGCCGGGUGCGACUCCAGACUGGAACAAGACUACAACAAGAGGAGGGAUGGUCAGCGGGGUUCAGACAACAUGUCAGCCAAGUCUUCGGACAGUGAUGUAAGCGACGUGUCCGCUGUGUCGAGAACCAGUAGUGCCUCUCGGUUCAGCAGCACGAGCUACAUGUCUGUCCAGUCAGAACGGCCGCGAGGAAAGCAGAAGAUCAGGAACCAAUCGCGGGAAGGGGAUGAACAUUUGGGGGAGGUGCUGGAGGAAGAGGAAGUUGGGCGAGAGGAAGUGGGGGGAGGAGCGGGGGGUACACAUAGAGGGCAGGGUAAACAGAGGGAAGGGGAGGAGGAGGCUAAAGAGGAAGGAGGUGAGAGGAGGACCACUGUAGUCACACAGAAGUCACAGGAGGAAGAGGAUGAAGAGGAAAUGCUGCGGAGGAGGUUCUCAGAGACUGACCUCAGGCAGUUGGGCACGUCGUCAGGGAGUAUGAACAUGACCAAGAGCACAAGCAUCGGUGGAGACAUGUGCAACCUGGAGAAGACGGACGGCAGCCAAUCGGACACGGGCGUGGGCAUGGUAGGCGGGGACGGGGACGGGGACAAGAAGAGACGCUCCAGUAUUGGUGCCAAAAUGGCGGCAGUGGUUGGCCUCUCGCGGAAAAGCAGGAGUACCUCUCAGCUCAGCCAAACAGCCGGUGGGAAGAAGCUUCGCAGCACCGUGCAGAGGAGCACAGAGACGGGCUUGGCCGUAGAGAUGAGGAGCAGGAUGACUCGGCAGGCCAGCAGGGAGUCCACCGACGGCAGCAUGAACAGCUACAGCUCCGAGGGAAACCUGAUCUUCCCUGGUGUGAGACUGUCCUCCGACGCCCAGUUCUCUGACUUCCUGGAUGGACUAGGCCCAGCCCAGCUGGUUGGACGACAGACGCUAGCUACACCACCCAUGGGUGACAUCCAGAUUGGAAUCGUGGACAAGAAAGGAGCGCUGGAGGUGGAAGUGAUCCGAGCCCGUGGCCUUGUGGGAAAACCAGGUUCCAAGGCACUGCCAGCACCAUAUGUAAAAGUGUAUCUUUUGGAAAACGGAGCCUGCAUAGCCAAAAAGAAAACAAAAGUAGCAAGAAAAACCUUGGAUCCCCUUUACCAGCAGCAACUGCCUUUCGAAGAGGCUCCUGGAGGGAAGGUUCUACAGAUCAUCGUAUGGGGAGACUACGGACGCAUGGACCAUAAAUCCUUUAUGGGAGCAGUUCAGAUACUUUUAGAUGAGCUGGACCUGUCUAACAUGGUGAUUGGCUGGUUCAAGCUCUUUCCUCCUUCCUCAUUGGUGGACCCUACCCUGGCCCCCUUGACAAGAAGAGCUUCCCAAACGUCAUUGGAUAGCCGGUCAUAGCAGUGUGUGGACUGAUAGCAUUGUUGUAGCAGCAGCACCCAGUGUUGAGGUUAAACAAGCUGCGACAGACCGGUCACGCCCCCCGGUUACACUGCAUGCUUGAUGUUGUGUCUUCUGAGCCUGUUUCUAGGGGUGCAAAUGUGAUCCUGUGUUUUGAGAAAAAUGUCGCACACAUUGUGCGUAGCGAGCGUCGCUCCCUCGGCCGGGUCUGAGCACCAACUCGGAUUAGAAGGCCGUAACGGACUCCUUAGCACCAGGAAUUGUCUCUAAAUCGAGCGAUUCCAGGUUUUCAUCCAAUCUAAGCCAUGGGGGUCGGAACUGGGAACCCGCUCGAUGAGUUCUACAGAAGCCCUUUUCGAAUGAAAAAUACAUGUUUUUGUUUAUAAUUAUUUUGUUUGUUUGUUUUUUGUUUGUUUUAUUGUCGAUGUACUUGUAUACCUGAAGGGGUGACUGUCCAGAAGCUUGGUCACGCCACGCCAACAGACCUAGCUAGAUGUGUAAAUGGAACUAUGAGGAUCAUUGCAAUUGGAGAGGUGGGAUGUCCCAACUAAAGCUCAAACUCCGAAUAUGAGGCCCUAGUCAAAAUAGUAGUAGAUCACACCAGAGAGACAAUACUAAAGUUACUAAAGGCAAUACAGAAGUGGCUACUGUACUAUCGACACUCCAGAAUCUAUUGAUCAGAACCCACAACAAGACUAACUUUUAUGACCUAACGUUAUUAUUUCUCUGUUGAUAUAUUGUAUGACAUUUAAAUGAAGAUUUAAAAAAAAAAAAAAGAUUUUUUUGCAUGGACAAAAAUUUAGCUGAAAAAAAAAGACCAUUAUUUUCUUGAGGCUGCGACUUGCAAAAAAAGAUGAAGAAAAACAAAUAAAACACAUCAGCCAUUUUCAACAAUUUAUAUUAUUUUUAAAUAUAAAUUUCACUAGUGCAUGGUUUUCAGAGGGGAGUGAAUGCAACAGCGUGAUAAAAAAAGACACAUUGUUUAUCAUUCUUUAGACCAUCCAUAACAUAAGUCUGUGUUUGGCAGACAUACAGUAAGAGAAACUCAAAGAAAAACUUUUGGAGUUAUUUAACAAAAAAAACUGUUUAUGUGACAAAGUGAUGAUGAAAAUAAAUGUAAAUUAUUUAUUUCAUUGUAAAGGUUUUACAAGCCUUAUAAAGAUAAACAUUAUGUGCAAAUUGUACACGUCUCUUUCUCUCCCUUGUCCCAGGGCAUCCCCCUGAUAUUGUCCAGAGUUUCAGGACUGUUGGUUCUUUUACAGCUCUGUAUCGUUUCAAUAUGUCUUUUUUUGGUGAUUUGUUUAACAAGCAUGUUGAAAAGGAUUUUCUGCAACAUGGCUUGGGCACACCUUAAAGUAACUCAGCAUGUUUUGAUAAAGAGGAUGUUUGGGAGUUUUGCAGUUUCUUGUACAGUGCAUGUCAACUUCGUUACCCCCCCCCCCCCCCCCCCUCGCCUUCAAUUGAAUUCUACAGAAAAUUCAUUAGUUACUUUCAUGGCCAAACUAUUAAAACAUUAUAACAAAACAUUCCACCAACCCCUAGAUCAUAUUUUAUUUCCACUUUUUCAAAAAGAAUGACAUGGAAAAAUAUUUUAUAUUCAUUGGAGGUUGACAAAAAAAGUUAUGGUUGCGAGUGUAUUUUACUUUAGUAUUGUUAACUAACAUGCAAAAAUAAUCUGUAUUGGUACAGCAAGAAGGAUAUUUAUAUCCAAGCAAGAAGUGGCAAACAUACAACUUAUGUACUGCAUAUUGCUGUGUAGUUCAGGCACUGUUUGUGAGGAUGAGCAAAACACAAGGUCAAACAACAUGGGAUAUUGCCACACAAUAUGAAUUUAGUUUUUUUUGUUUUUGUGAAAAUAUAAUUAAUUUCAUAUAUUUUUAUUAGUUUAUUUAUAAGCCAAGACCAGUUUAUUUUUUAUUUUUAGUAAUUGUAAAUGCUUCUUGUGUAUGGGAGGUAUAUGAAUCUUACAGUUAUGUCUGAAUGAAAAUAAACUGAGACGUUAUUCCUUUUCUAUGUUAAACCAAUACAUUCUAAUGCCCAUCCAAUAUCUUGUCGCUAUAACAAGAUAUAUACUUUCGUUUUUGAUUUACAUUGUACAUAUUAGAAAUUUGAAUAAAACAAGCAAACACAAAUAGAUGACAAUAUUUUGGAAUAGGAAUAAUGUCUCACAUGAUGACAAAGACAUGUUAUUUACCCUUUUGAAUGCCUUUUCUUUCUUUUGUUUUGGUGCAAUGUGUUUAUGCCAAGGCUAUGUCUUGGUGAAGUAUGGUUGAGUACAGAGAUUUAUCUAAGUUAUUUUUCAAAUAAAAAAUGGAUAUUACACUGACACUGAGUACCAGCGAACAAUA